AUGAAUAAAUUCCUGGUGCUGGCUGGCAUCCUUCUGCUGGUUGUGGCAAAUGUCCUGGCGGACAGUAAUAGCGAGAGUGACAGUGAUAGUGACAGUCAUAGCAACGAGAAAAGUGGAGAAUCGGAAAAUUCGGGCGACAAGCAUAAGCACAAACAUAAUAAACAUAACAAUCCAGUGUAUCCGUAUUAUCCUCCACAACACGGUGCUCCUCAAUAUCCCUAUCCAUAUCCCUACAACCAGUACCAGCAACCACCACUACUUUAUGGACCUCCACCUGCCUAUCUUCCUAAUCAGCCACCUCUGCCGACCUAUGCUCCCGUUGAUCCGCUAGGUUCAAGUGUCAUCAAUCAUUCACUUCAAGUAAACAAAGAGUACAAGGAGAACUUUGACGUGGAUUCAAAUAGUAUAUAA